AGUCCUGGCGGGAGUGUUGGAGGCUCCGCAGCAACCUGUCGACUGGCGAGCACGUGUGACACUACCACCUGUGUCGAUAUACUAUCUGUGUGUGUGUGUGUGUGUGUGUGUGUGUGUAUGUGCGUUUGUGUGUGUGUGGGAGCAGUGCCUCAGACCGAACACCUCAGCAGGAUGUCUCAAUUCCACCAUCCCAUCGCCUGAACUUCUCGUGGCAACACGGUGCCCUCAAGCCAUGAACGAGCUCGCCCCACUCCUGCUGCUCCUGCUGCUGACGCCUGGCCAUGCUGGCACCGCUUGGCCCAACGGAUGCCUCGCUGACACUUCUAUCUCGAACACUGGUCUGGUGGCGGACGUCACCAACGAAGAUUCAAAAACAACAGAAGUCAUUAUAACCCGGUACGUGUACAUCAAACAAGGCUUCCAGGGCGUCACUCUCGAGGUGGAGACACUUCAACAUGACGUGAAUAAUCGCCAAGAGACCUUCCAGUUCCAAUUGCCGGCUAGGUGCUUUCAGUGCGAGGCAAGGUGGUGGGGGGUGUGGGUGAAGGCGAAGCUGCUGAAACUUGAAAGAGGCGUAGGGGUCUUCUUCUAUAAUGAACUUAAACUGCAGGUUAGAACUGGCGAGUGUAUUUUGCCAUGUCGCAUUGCUGAUAAAUACAGAGGCAUUCGCAGGCUCCAAGUCUCUGGUCACGGCCCCUCGGAGUGGAGAAAUGACCAACCAGAGGAAGGCUGCGGCACCGUCAAGAAGUGGAAGGAAGGACCAUCCCAAAACAUCAGUUUUUGUAUGGAUCUGCCAUCCUUGGACGCUAACACCCCAAAGCCUGACACCAGCAAGAAAGGAAAGCAAUCCAAUCGUGCCCGCACACCCACUCCCGCGUCUACAUCCUCUGCCAAACCCACAUGCUCUGCCAAACCCACAACCUCUGCCAAACCCACAAUCUCUGCCAAACCCACAACCUCUGCCAAACCCACAACCUCUGCUACGCCCACAUCCACUGAAACGCCCACUCCCACUGAAACACCCACCCCCACUGAAACGCCCACUUCCACAGAAACGCCCACACCCUCUGAAGCGCACACUUCCAUUGAAACGCCCACACCAACCGCCACGCCCGCAACCAGUGCUAUCAAAGAAUCAUUCUUCUCAUUCAAAGGGCCUGUGAAGUAUUUGGUGGCGGUGGGGAUUGGUGUGGUGGUGGUAGUGGUGGUAGUGGUGGUGGUGGUGUUGAAGAGGCGGAGGCGGCGUAAUGAGGAGACAGCUGAUGAUGUAACAAUGAGACCACAGAACACUGAUGAGCCAACACGCCCAGAAAACGUCUCGAUCAACAGCCUGUAUGAACCUGUAGGCAGGCGAGGAUCCAAGAACAGCUUGUAUGAAUCCCUAGACAGCCUGGCACCCAUCAUCAGACAGCAGGAGCCUCUAGAUAGCCAGGCACCCACCAACACACAGCAGGAGCCUCUGGACAGCCAGGCACCCACCAACAGACAGGAGAAGCCUCUGGUUAGACAAGGAUCCGAAAACAGUCUGUAUGAAGCUUUUGAAGACGUUCGACCUCCUAAGGGUUAAUCUAAUCUAAGGGUCAAAGACAAGGGACAAGUCUCGAUGACAUGUGUCUCGGUCUGCACGAGGCCGCAGGGACACAGCCUCUACAUUGAGUGACUGACUGACCGGUUGUCUGAAUGAAGGAACCUCAGGGUAAUAACAGUAAAAGUGAGGUAUGUCUAUAAUGUCAUUGUAAAUUUCACACUGUUUAGUGGUGUGUAUGUGUGUGUGUGUGUGUGUGUGUCAGGAGGAAGGAGAAUGGACAAAGAUCUUAGAAGAGCGUCGGAGAUAAAUGUAGUAGUUGGGAGAAGACUGAUGGGAAAGCCGAAGACGACUAGAAACUGUUAGGUCGUAUAUACAUGGAAUUAAUGUCUUCUGCUCUGCUGUCUGGAUGGCAAGACUAAAGGAAUAAGGCUAAUAAUCUUCAACUUGGCUUUAAUACGUUUCAUUAUCUUCAGUCUAUUUUUAAUGCUGUUUGUUUUUAAUGUUAUUUGUAAUUACUAGCCACAGUUCGUGUGAAUCCCUUCCUACGUCGUAAGUCACUGAAUUUUAGUGUACAUACUUCGGAGAGAGAGAGAGAGAGAGAGAGAGAGAGAGAGAGAGAGAGAGAGAGAGAGAGAGAGAGAGAGAGAGAGAGAGAGAGAGAGAGAAAA